AUGAAGCUAAAUAGAUUGAAAUUAUUUAAUAUGAUAUUUUUGAUAAUUAUAUAUAUUAGAUAUUAUCAAUGUUUUGAAAGAUUAAAAAUAACACCUUAUAUUAUUAAACAAUUAAAUGAUGGUGAAAUAACACUUACAGAAUUAUUAGACCAUUUCAUUGUACCAACUGAUAUUAUAGUUUCAUAUUUACAGAAAGUAUCACCAUCAUCUCAAAAAAAUCUACAAAUUGACUUAGAUGGUAUACUUGCACAAGUAUUUGAAAUAGGAGGAACUGUAUAUAUAGGUGGUAUACCACCAAAACAAGAAGAUAAAUUAACAAUAUAUGAAAGAUUAAGAGAUUUAUCUGAUCCAGGAAAUCCUGGAAGAAGAUGGUGUUGGAAAUUUGUAAAACAUGUUCAAGCACCUUAUAAUUGGGGUCAUAUUACAAAUUUUGAGAAUUGUGAAUUUGCAGGUGAUGAUGCUAGAUACCAAAUUACAGAAGAUGCUGCUUGUACAAAUACAGGAGGAAUGGAAGUUAGUUCAAUUUUUCAAGGCACCUUCACAAAUUACGAAUUAUCAUGUAUCUCAAGAAGAAUUGCAAGAUUAUCAUCUGCUGAUUCAUGUUGGAUUGUAGAUAAAGCAGUAAAUGAAGAGAUGAUUCAUAAUACUGACAUUCCUUUACAGAGAAGUACCCCUUCACCAAUGAGAGUAAAAAUUUCCACUAAACCACAUAUAAUAUUAAAAAGACUUUUUGGAAUUGAAUCACAGGCCUGUAAUCCAGAGAAUCUCGUUGCUCCAUUUAAAGGUCUUGAUGGAACUGCUUUGAUUGCUUCUAGAUUUAAUAGGGCUGCAGGAGGUAUUGAACAUUUACAAAGAUGUGAUGGGUCACAAUAUAUAGAAGUACUUGUUGAAUUAGAGGAUAAUUCAUAUGGAGAUAUUGUUUGUAUACCAGAUCCUCCUCAUCCAACAUGGUUAUGUUCAGGUCCAGGAGUAUUUUGUAAACCAUUUUAA